AUGCAACUUAAAAGUAUCUUGAAAUUUUCCUUGUCUGCCUUGGUCGCUGAAGCUGCUUUAAUCAGCAGAAGUGCUAUUGCACCUAACCAGAAAAGAGCUGUUGAGGCUCAGAAGGAGGUUGUCGCUGAAAAGAGAUUAGAUGUUGAUCUCGCUACUAAGAUCGGUCUUCAGGUUGCUGACUUGUUAGGUCUUGAUAUUGGUGCUGAUGUUGGCAUCGAAGCUAAAAAGAGGGACACCGUGGGUCUCGACGUUGCUGCUGACAUCUUGCACUUGAUCGACUUGGGCCUUGGCUUGAAUGCCACCGUUGAUCUCAAGAGAGAGGAUGUUCGUGAAGCCAUCGAAGCUAAAAAGAGAGACACUGUGGGUCUCGAUGUCGCUGCUGACAUCUUGCACUUGAUCGACUUGGGCCUUGGCUUGAAUGCUACCGUUGACCUCAAGAGAGAGGACAAGUUCGAAACCAUUGAUGCUGAAAAGAGAUUGGACGUGGACCUUGCUACUAAGAUCGGUCUCCAAGUUGCAGACUUGUUAGGACUCGGCGUUGGUCUUGAUGUAGGUGUUGAUGCUUAA